AUGAACUUUCAGCAUACAGCGUCGCUGUGGAUUCAUGGCACGACAUCUGUCGGGAAGUCGGAAGAUGCGAUACCCGUGAUCGAAAUCAGAGGGGAGGGCAAACCCAUGACUGCCGCACAAAUCCGACAUUUGGAAGAGCUCAGCAAUGGUGGCCCAUUAGAUAUCAAGGUCGAAAAUACAUGGGUUCCUGCGACGUGCGGAACGCCAGCACACCGAUUGGAUUUCGUCACAUUCCAUUACAAAGUUUUUGUCGAAGACGGCAAGAAAGUGUACCAGACUUACAAUGAACAGCCAGUAUCAAUGCAGCUGGGAGUCGGUAUGGCCAUGCCUGGAUUGGACAAGGGACUGAAAGGCAUGUGCGCUGAAGAACUACGCAAACUACAAGUACCAUAUAGAUUAAGCAGAAAAGCCAAAAGCAAAGUAUGGAAGAACAUCCCCAACGAUGAACACUGGCUGACGUUCAAUUUGGAGAUGCUUAGUGUAGAGCCGUAUUCGCACAGUCGACAGUUCAAGUUUUUGGAUGUUGAGGAGAAAGGAAGACUGACAGAGGCCGGACUCUUGAAAUGGCUGGAUCACAUGAAAGAUUUUGGCAAGACGUGGAGAAACGAAGAUAUUGAUAAUGUUAUAGCUGUUAGAUAUUAUAUCAAGUACUUUGACGCUAAUGGUGAUGGUUCUAUCGAUUUGUUGGAGUUCAAGAAAGUUAUGGAAAGAGAUGAAGCCGAGAUGCUACAAAAGAAGUCAAAAGCAAAGGGUCGUAAACGUGAUCCUGGUGUUGCAUGGAUACUCGAUUUUGAUAAUGACGGCAUUGCAAGCUAUAAAGAAGUUGACGAUGCACCCGAUUUGCUGGAAAAAGGUCCAACGCGAUUGCCCGUGUUCAAGGACGAGUUGUGAUAUAGCUGCUCCUUCAUUCUUUUCGCU